CCCGGGAGUUUGGGCUCCGCAGCCGUCUCCACAGGAAGUGCACGAGGAGCCAGAGGAGGACGUCGCCGACGCCAUUGGGCCCGCCGUCCGCACUGCAAGAAUGGAUAAAUUUCGUAUGAUGUUCCAGUUUUUGCAGUCCAAUCAAGAGUCUUUCAUGAAUGGCAUCUGUGGCAUCAUGGCUUUGGCCAGCGCGCAGCUAUACUCAGCCUUCGAGUUCAGCUGCCCCUGUAUGCCGGAGUAUAACUACGCGUAUGGGAUCGGGAUUUUAGUAAUUCCGCCAGUUUGGUUUUUCUUACUUGGGUUUGUGUUGAACAACAACGUUUCGAUCCUGACUGAAGAGUGGAAACGGCCGGCAGGAGAGCGCGGGAAAGACCCGACGGUCCUGCGCUACAUGUUGUGUUCAAUUACGCAGCGCUCUCUGAUCGCGCCAGCGGUUUGGAUAUCCGUGACGCUGAUGGACGGGAAAAGUUUCCUUUGCGCCUUCAGCGUCGACUUGGACGUAAAUCGGUUUGAAAAGCGGAGAAAUCACAACCUCUCGGAAGCGGAGCUCCUAAGAUUGCUGGCCAAAAUUCCAUGCAAGCACAUAUUCGAGGGCCAUGACGUUAUAUCACGAGAAGAAGCAUCCAGGUAUAUCCAGUGUAUAUCACAGGCGUUUGGUUGGACCUUCCUGCUGCUGCUGACCGUCAUCGCUUUCAUGAUCAGAGCGAUCCGGCCUUGUUUUACGCAGGCCGCCUUUCUGAAAACCAAGUAUUGGUCCCACUACAUCGACAUAGAGCGCAAGAUGUUCGACGAGACCUGCACGGAGCACGCGAAAACCUUCGCCAAGGUGUGCAUUCAGCAGUACUUCGAGAGCGCCAGCGGCGAGAUGCACAGCUUUCACAACCACCGCUUCGACACGCCCGACAGCGACGACGAGGAAAAACACAAGAGCGACGAGGAGAAGCUCCUGGGCAUCACGGCCCAGGACGACAUGAACAAAGUCCUCUGGAACUGGCACGCGUGCAAACCGCCACUCACCCUGAAAAAGGACCUUCUUAAUGGAGACGCCAACGGAAAUGGUUUGAUGAACGGCUUUGCUCACCAGACGCCCAAGAAAGAGUGGGUUACCUACCAUAGUAAGGUUUGAACAUUUAUUUUAAAAAAUGACAGGACCGACAAUGGAAUUUAUAUAAAUCAAAUCGCAUGUCCGGGAUCCGAGUGGACAAAUAAUUUGGCGAGCAGAAAAUAAUCUGUAUUUUCACGGGCAUCAUGCGGCUCCUUAAGAACAUGCGAGUGAAAGGCUGCGAACAUUUUGAGCUUUCAUGUCAUGACGUGAUGUCAAAAACGACACGACAGUGGCACACUGACAUGAUCCUAAACUAUCAAGUGAUCUCCUGCUUGAUUUGUGAAGUUAGACUUUAUUAAUAUUAUUUACAAGCUAUAACAAAAUAAAGCUAUUAAAAAAUAAAUGAAUGAAAAGAUUAGCAUGCCCUGUAGAGUGUUUUCCUUUAUAUGUGAUUUAUGUUUUUACUAGAAAUCUGAAUAUUAAGCUGAUGUAGAUCUGUUAAACGUCCUCCUGCAAUUAUCCGCCCACCUGUAGCACCAUCAAUAAACGCUUGACUUACAUUCAUUUUUUAUUUACAAAUGAAACACAAUAUCACCGAAUGGAGACAUUCUGUUUGGUACAACUUCAUGAAUGAUAUUUGCAGGAUUGUGGAGGGUUAAAAUCAUUCAACAUUUUUGCCCAGAUUAGGCACUAAAUCGAGAAGGUUACAUAAAGUUUCACAUUAUGUCGUCACGCGUACUUAUUGCCGGACAAAAUGCCAAGAUCCUUUUGC